AUGAAUCAUAUACCUAUUUAUUAACGUGCCCAAUAUUUGAUGAAGGAAAAACAAGAGAAAAUUGCAGAAUUAAAAAGAUAGAAAGAAUAUAAUGAAGAAUAAGAAUGUAGCAAAUAUUCAUUUAGACCAAAUAUUCAUAAGGAUAGAGAACAUCGAAGAGUCGAUUAAUUUCUAUAAGAAGUUGAUUAUUGGAUUGAGAGAAAGAAUGAAUAAAUUCAUAUAAUGAAAUAAGAAAAAUAGUAGGAAGAAUUAAAAGGUUUAACAUUCAAACCAAAAAUUAAUAAGAAAUCACAACAAAUUAUUUCAGAUUAGAAUUCCUCAUUACUUUAAAGAUGCUAAAAGAGUCAAAUUAAUAAAUAAAUCAAAGAUUAACAUCAUUUGAUUGAAGAAUUAAAAAAGACUCCCUUCUGUCCUUAAAUUAAUGCAAAUUCAAUUAAAUUAGCAUGUCAAAACAAAACACCAGAACGCUCUAUAUCUCCAAAUCUAAAAUAGUAAUACACACCUCGAAUAAUAUCAACAUCAAGAACACCUCAAAGAAUUGAAUAACGAAUUUCUACUUAAAUAAUAACACCUCUUCGAUAAAACUAAAAAAUAUCAUAUCAUAAACCAAAUAAAUCAAUGGCAAGUACAACAGUUAAUUCUAACAAUAAUAGUAAGAAAGCAGUAUUGCCAUUACAAAAUGUGACAAAUCAUAUGAAAUUUAUAGUAGAUUUAGUUAAUAAAACCCCUCCUAAAUCAUUAUUUUGA